AGUACACAAUUGUUUCAAGAAGGACGACGAGGAAUACAUAUAUUUUAUUCGUUUUAGAACUCUGUAGUCAUGGAACCAAAGAUAACUUUGUAUGAUCAUGAAAAUCUCAAAGGUAGGAGUAAAGUAUUUACGGAAUCAUGCCCUAAUAUGCUGGAUGCUGGGUUCGACCAAUCAGCAGUUAGUGUAUCUGUUGACGGAGGCGUAUGGGUGUUGUUCCAAAAUUAUGAAUAUACAGGGAAAAUUUGUGUGGUAAUGCAAGGACAGAAAAUAAAAUAUUUAAGAUGGUUUAACAAGAUGUCAAGAUCAUUAAAACUCCUGAACGAUUAUGAUUUUUAUGCAGAACCAGAAAUCUGUAUCUUUGAACACAGUCACAUUUGAAGGCAGAACAUUGACCUUUCGCAACGAUGUUGCAAAUCUUGAUCAUUUUGGAUUUUUGCGCAUGAUUUCAUCUGUAAGAAUUCUAAGAGGAGCUUGGGUUGGAUAUGAUGGCAGGGAUUAUGCAGGCAGUCAGACCCUCUUCCUUAAGGGAGACUAUACACCUACACAAAACCCUAAUAUUGAUGGCGGUUUCCCAAACGAUGGUAUUUCGGCGCUUCGUAAAAUACAGCUGUUUCCAGUAGGGCCACUCAAGCUAAAGACUAUUGAGUAUGAUUUGGAGAAUGCAAUCCUUCACACAACACCUAGAAGCGUUUUUCAGUGGACCGAGGUCAACGAUACUAAAGUAGAACAGACUGUUAACAGAACUGAUGAGCAGAAAAUAACACGGGAGAAUACCUACGAAUUCAGAUGGGAUUUUGGAUUUAAAAUUACAACUUCACUAGAAGCAACAGCUGGCAUCCCAGAAUUAGGAUCAAGCUUGAAGUUACAAGUAAGCGUGGAGAGGUCUCUCAACAUUGGCGAAACAACAGGAGUAAAGACAUCUUUUAUCCAACAAUGGAAAGCGGAAUACCCAAGCAAAAUUCCAGCAAAAUCAACGGUGACAUUGACAUCAAAACUUACAGAAGGAAAGUUCAAUGUCCCGUUCACAGCGACGUUCUAUAGAGGAGAGGAUGAAACGCAUACAGAAGUACAUCAGGGCACAUUCAUGGGAGUCCAGUUCACUGAUUUUCACACAGAAUUUAAACAGACCCCUCUUAACUUGAAACGUUGAGACUGUCAUAAUCUACUGAUCAAUUAUAAUGGAAAAGAAUAACUGAAUUAUUAACUGUACUUAAUAAUGUACUCCUGACAAAUAUAUAUUUGGAACCUAUUUCAUUUUACUCUUUCACUUGAUAAGGUAUUACUCAAGGUUGAAGACCAUUUUCCUACGAUACAUUACGUAUGCAAAGUUAUGUUGAGUCGCUUCUUUGGAAUCUGUUUAAGUAUAUUCUAAUAUACGAACUAGUCUGAAAAAUUUUAGUCAUUUAAAUUGUUUCUUUUACUGGGCACUGGUAAUAUUUUUAUGAUUAUACUUUUAACAUAAUAUUAAUCUGCUUUUCAAUACAUGCAUACACAAAGUAGUUGUCAACAAAAUCAAAUUUACAAUAAUUUUUAUUCCUAUAUUAGCCAAUGUUUUACUCAAUUGAAAGAGGGACGAAAGAUACCAGAGGGACAGUCAAACUCAUAGAUCGAAAACAAACUGACAACGCCAUGGCCAAAAAUAAAAAGACAAACAGACAAAUAAUAGUACAGAUGACACAACAUAGAAAACCAAAGACUAAGCAACACGAACCCCACCAAAAACUGGGGGUGAUCUCAGGUGCUCCGGAAGGGUAAGCAGAUCCUGCUCCACAUGUGGCACCCGUCGUGUUGCUUAUGUUAUUACAAAUCCGGUAAAUAGUCUAAUUCGGUAAGUCACAUUCGUGAAAAGGGAGGGUAUUGUAGUUACGACAUAAGGAACAUAUCCGAUAUCAUCUGUAAAACGGUUAUUCCAUAACGGUCAACCAACUCGUGAUGGCGUCCGUAAAAUUUACGAAGGGAUGACUUCAACUUCACCAUUUGGAACUCUUGGUUUAAUAGCUUCCUUGUGAGCAGCAUAUGCAUUACAUGAAAACUUGUUUAUGUAUGCUAUGUUAACAGUGACAUUUUCCAAACUUGAAUAAUAACACAUAGCUUAGGGGUCAAAGAGAACAAUAAAUUGUCAACCGAGGUGAAGUCAAGUUUUUUUUAGGGAUAACAAUUACCCUCUCAGUUAUGUCUAAUUUGAUUUAUUAUAUUGAAUGAUCUGUUACAAAUGUAUUAUGUCUUGUAAAUCUAAAAUCAGGUCUUUUAAUAUUAAGGUUUAAAAUCAAAAUUUUUCUUUAAAGUUAUUGAUUCAAAAGUUCAAGUAAUGCCAUUUAAAUUAUAGAUUUUAAUUGCACUGUACCUGGAGUGGGCAUUACAAAAACUGUCACCGCUGCCCUUUAAGUUGGAGUAGAAUGUCAUUUUCAUAUUACCCAAUCAAAAACUGGCCUUUUAACUCGAAGUAUUAUACUAAAAAUGUUGUUGAACUUGCACAUCGAUUGAACUACUGCGAUACAUACAUGUUUAAUGAAGUAAUUUACUAGUUACGAAAUAUGUAUUGCAGUAUCUCGCUUUAUGGUCUAUGGAUUCUAUUUUUCUCUUAUUUAAUUCUUAUUUACAAUAAAAUAUCAAUAUAUC